UCGGGACUGCCGGCCACCCGGGCCUUGACCCUGCGCUUCUCAGGCUUCGGCUGGCGCUGGCCUGUGGUUCGAGUCCUCACCCGUCCCUCCAGUUCCCACCCCCGGCUGCAGCCUUCUGCUGUCCCGGCCGGUCCCCGACUUCCAUCUCCCCAACCUUAACCGGCUGCCCCAGUAUCGGUUCCCCGGCCCGCUGUCCUCUGCCCUGCCCUGCUCCGCCAAGGGUCCCUGUCUCUGAGCCUCAGCCCCAUGGCGCUGCAGGCGCUGCAGAGCUCGGGGGUGGCCUUCCGCAAGAUCCUGUCUCAUUUCCCCGAGGAGCUGAGCCUGGCUUUCGCCUACGGCUCCGGGGUGUACCGCCAGGUGGGGCCCAGUUCAGACCAGAAGAAUGCCAUGCUGGACUUUGUUUUCACAGUAGAUGACCCUGUUGCAUGGCAUUCAAAGAACCUGAAAAAAAAUUGGAACCAUUACUCUUUCCUAAAAGUUUUGGGGCCCAAGAUUAUCACCACUAUCCAGAAUAACUAUGGUGCUGGAGUCUACUAUAAUCCAUUGGUCAUGUGUGAUGGUAGGCUUAUCAAAUAUGGGGUCAUUAGCACUAACAUUUUAAUUGAAGAUCUCCUCAACUGGAAUAGCUUAUAUGUUGCUGGACGACUCCAAAAACCGGUAAAAAUCAUAGCAAUGAAUGAGAAUGUUGCUCUUAGGUCAGCCCUCGAUAAAAAUCUGAAGAGUGCUGUGACCACAGCUUUCCUCAUGCUCCCCGAAAGCUUUUCUGAAGAAGACCUCUUUAUAGAGAUCGCCGGACUCUCUUAUUCAGGCGACUUUCGGAUGGUGGUUGGAGAGGAUAAGACAAAAGUGCUGAAUAUUGUGAAGCCCAACAUAGCCCACUUUCGUGAGCUCUAUGGCAACAUAUUGCAGGAGAAUCCCCAAGUGGUGUAUAAGAUCCAGCAAGGCAGACUGGAGAUAGAUAAAAGCCCAGAAGGACAAUUCACUCAGCUAAUGACAUUGCCCAAAACCUUACAGCAACAAAUAAAUCAUAUUAUGGACCCUCCUGGAAAAAACAGAGAUGUGGAAGAAACUUUAUUGCAAGUUGCUCAUGAUCCUGACUGUGGAGAAGUGGUGCGACUAGGGCUUUCAGCAAUUGUGAGACCUUCUAGUAUGAAACAGAGCACCAAAGGCAUUUUCACUGCUGGUGUGAAGAAAUCAGUGGUUUAUAGUUCACUAAAGCUACACAAAAUGUGGAAAGGAUGGCUAAGGAAAACAUCCUGAUUUGGCUUGCUUUUAUACGUGUUAUGUAUAGAUUAAUAAAGUGAUCCUUUUUUGACAGAACAGUAUUUGUUACCUUGACCCACUGCUUGAAUUUGAAGAUACCUAGAGGUCCACUGGGCAGCGCCAUCACGCAUGUUUCCUGACAGUCUGGAUGCUGGUUUCUCUCUGCAGUGGGAAGAAGGCGGUUUCUCUCCUCAUUGGAUGGCUGGUAAGAACUCCAUUCAUUUCUUCCACUCACCCGUACCGUGCCUGGAGUAAACUCUCACAAAAGUUUGUUGAGGAAAAUGACGAAGCAGGAACAUCCCGUUGGGUUUCGCUUCCCUCUUGCAGACGCUGCUACGUAAUUUUGUUUGUCGGAUUCUUAGCUUCCCCGCAGAUGGGGAAGAAGAAGAACGUGGCUGUGUCAGGGGUGUGUGAAAGGAGGAGGUCGUGAUGUCAUGCAAAGAAAGCAAGUGGGCAGAGAUCCCACACUCAAAAUGGCUACUAUUCGAGCAGUCUUCAUAGCCACAAGAGCUCUCUGAGCGCGUGUUCCAGGGCAUUAUCUAAUUCAGUCCUCACAAAGUACGGCAAGAGGAUAUUUUCAUUUUCCUCAUCUUACAGGAGGGGGAAACCCGUCCCUCCAAACGCUGCCUGGCCCUGGGGGAUUGGAGGUGCUGACCCUGUCCCUUGGCCAGUUGCAUGUCUUUUAUACUGAAAAACUGAUUGGAACGAAAUGAGUUGGGUUCCGAUCUAGAUCUUAGUUCAAGGACCAGGAUGGAACUUUUUUUUUUUUUUUUAAAGAUUUUAUUUAUUUAUUUGAGAGAGACUGAGAGAGAGAGAGCAUGAAAGGGGGGAGGGUCGGAGGGAGAAGCAGACUCCCUGCCGAGCAGGGAGCCCGAUGCAGGACUCGAUCCAGGGACUCCAGGAUCAUGACCUGAGCCGAAGGCAGUCGCUCAACCAACUGAGCCACCCAGGCGCCCAAGGAUGGAACUUUUUAAACAGAUGCAUUUACACGGUGAUUUAAAUACUUACUUCGACCUGAUUUGAUCCCUGGCGUGGAAGAUUCCAUUUAGCUUUUUCUUCUGUAAGUACACUCGAGUUGUUUAACAUAACCUUAUUAUGCAUCUUUCCUAACUCAGAGUUAAUUUUAAGGUUUCCUUUUUGGGAGGACCAGAUGCUACAAAUAAUUUGUUUUUUCUAAAUUCUGGAGCUAUUCCAGAAUAUGAAGCUAAUCGAAGCAGAUAGCUGUGAAUUCACUGGGAGGUGACCCAUUUCCAAUUCUGCAGGUUAGGUGGGGGCAGAUUUGAGGUCAUCUUUUCACUAUUUUUUAAUUAGGAGUACAGUCAAGGCUAGCAUAAAUGUAACGAUGUCGAUGGUUUUAUUUAACUAGAACAACAAACAUAUGUUUUCCAGAUAUUUUUAUUCAAGACCAAAAAAGCAGAAGAUUAUUUUCCAAUAAAAGAAUGAGAAUUUUAGAAAUGUUUAACUCAUUUAUAAAUGUAAAAUACAUUUUGUUUUAAAAAUAUGUACUAAGCAAGCUGUUUUCAUCAGGUUGUCAUGUGAACCUUAAACUAUGUGAUUAUUCUACACAUGAUUACAUAUGUACAUAUGAUUAUGUAGCUAACACUCUUCUCAAUUUCUCCUUCCUUUUUAUUCAUAGGACAGAAGAAAAAGCAUCCCCACUUUCCAGUUCCCAAAUAUUUCCACAUAGUAUCAACUUACUGAAAGGAAAUACAUAUUCUUUCUAUGCUUAUGGCUCUGAGAAGCUUAAUUAUUAACUCAGAAAGUGACCGUGUUGCUUAAAGGGAAAGAUGUGGCCUCUGGGCGUAAUCAGACCUGGGUUCAAAUCCGAACCCUAGUGCUUAUCAGUUUUAUCUUCAGCCCUCAUUUAUCUUCCAAGAAGCUGGGUUUCCUCUUCUGGCAAGUAGGGAUAAUGACUGCCUUGCAAGGGUUGGUGUAAGGCUCAGAUUAACUAACUAUGGUAGCAUUUUAUCCAUCAUAAAGCUUACAUGCUUCUUCCCUGACGAAUCCCAGUGAUUAAGAGGAAGCGUGGUAUACUGGCUCCAAUUCUGAAGGACCACAGGGGAAAGAAGGUAACGCUGCCUAAGUAUCUCCUGGUGUCCUGCACUUCACCUUAGUGCAUCAAGUUCUCUAUAAUAACCCCUCCAGGUAGGUGGUAAUGGUCCCAUUUGCACUCUGCUCUUCUCACCGUACCUCUCAGAUUUAAGCUCACAUUUCCAAUAUGCUAAGUCCUCGGUGGGCUUGGGGAUGAUAUUUAUUCUAAUGCUCAGUUUUCUUAUCUGUAAAAUGGCAGCAGUAUUAAUCCUGACAUCACACAGUAGCACCUCAACCCCUUUUUAGAGUUAGAUUAGCUCUUAAUAAAAAAGUAAAAGCCCCAGGGGCGCCUGGGUGGCUCAGUCAUUAAGCGGCUGCCUUCGGCUCAGGUCAUGAUCCCAGGGUCCUGGGAUCGAGCCCCACAUCAGGCUCCCUGCUAAGCGGGAAGCCUGCUUCUCCCUCUCCCACUGCCAGCCUCUCUGCCUACUUGUGCUCUCUCUCUCUGUAUCAAAUAAAUAAAUAAAAUCUUUAAAAAAAAAAAAAAGUAAAAGCUCCAAUGGUUACCUUUAGGAUUGAAUGGGACAAUGUGCAUAGUAACACCUAGCUCACAGUGGGAGCUCAGUAAAUAAUCAUGACAUCCGGAUCUGAAUUAAGUUAUCUCCACUGGCAUAGUGGAAUGAUUUUAUUUUAAAACUUCUCAGCACACACAUCUCUUAAAAUCUGUGAUAGUUCAUAGAGAUGGGACUGCAGAACGUCCAGGUCCCAGCCACCUUGAUGAAAUUAUAACACAGUCCUGGAAGAUUCAGUCCAAGGGUGAGUUACUCACAUGGAUAUCAGAAAUCUCGGGGUGCCUGGCUGGCUCAUUCGGUGGCGUGUGCAACUCUUGAUCUCGGGGUUGUAAGUUCGAACCCCACAUUGGGUGUAGAAAUUACUUAAAAAAAAAAUCUUUAAAGAAAGAAAUCUCCAGGAUGGUGGCAGGGAAUAUGACAGAAAGGAAAAUGGUGAGCAGGAUUCCAAAGCCUGCAGGUGAUGUAGGGAGGUCAUUUGGAGAGAGUAAUAAAAAAAAAUAUUCUGGCUCAUGGCCUGGACCUCAAAGGGUGAGAGGUAAGGUCCAGGGGCAGUCAUGGGAGCCAAGAAAGUACAGGUUCCACCCCUCGGCCUGUGGCAGGUGGUUGCUUUGGAUGAGCUCCUGCUUUCUGCCCAUUGCACAACUAGUCAACCUUGUGCUAGCCUGGCCAUCUAGUUAAGAGCCACUCUGGAACUCAAUUACUGCUUUUGUUGGCAGGGUGGGGAGCCUAUCUGGGUCAGCUUGGCUUUAUAGGGAACUUUCCAGGGGCACAUAUAAAGGGAAAGAAUACCUUCUGGUUCCCAGGGAAGAAAAAAAAAAAAGACAUCUCCCAGUGCUGGGAUUUCUAAGGUGGCGAGAGAACUCUUCCUUGCUCUGUUUUGUCCAGGAAGUUUUCCUGUGCGUAAAUCGAGCAUUCACAGAGUCAGAGAACAAGGGUGCUCAAAACUGUUUUAGGUGGCAGAGCACCUGCAUGUCAGCUUCCCUUGCAGAAGAUGAUGAAACACUGGCAUUUCUAUGCCUCAUUAUACAAAUGACAACUUAGCUCAGAAUACAUUGAUGGAUUUCGCUUCUAGGUCGGGCUAGAAACAUCUGCUUAAUUAAUUGUGCAUACUGUUAUAAAAUAAAAUCACAGCUGUAAGCUUACUGGCUCAUGGGAGAAACAAGCUAUUGAACUACUCAGGAUCCAGUUUCCAAGUAUCUCCACAACAUUCAUUUCCAGUAUUCACUUGCCAGUAAGUUUGGAUAUUCUGCUAGUACUUGAUAACAGUCAUCAAAGAAAAGAAAAACGUCGGGAGAAAAAAAAUUAACAAAAUACUAGACUUUAGCUUUUUUUUUUUUUUUUUUAAGGCAAACCAAAAAGGAAAUAAGAUCACAUGUAAGGUACUUUGGAGUCAGAAAGACCUGAGUUUAUGUUUUGUUUCUUUGGUGUCUUAGGUAGGCACCAUGCCCAUCAUGGGGCUUGAACUCACAACCCUGCGAUCAAGACCUGAGAUCAAGAGUCAGAUGCUCCACCGACUGAGCCAUCCAGGUGCCCUGAAAAGACCUGGGUUUAAAUCAAAAGUAUUAGCUGUGUGACAGUGGGCAAGUUACUUAAUCUCUUGGAACUUGCUUGCUUCCUCUUCUUUAAGAUGGAGAAAAUACCUCCUUGGCAGGAUUAGUCUCAAGAUUAGCAUUCAUGUAUGUGAGGUCCCUGGUGCCGUGCCAAGCCCACAGUAGGAGGCUUAAUAAAGGACAAGUAUUGUUAGCAUUUGGGGCAUCAGAAUGCUUUGUCCAGCUCCCGAAACACCAGUGUUCCAUCGGUAGGGAAAAACUAAGCUAGAAAAGGCCUAGAGACAAUUGAAUUGUGUCCCCCAUGCAACAGAUGAGGCAACAGAGACUCACAGAUGAUCCCAAAGUCACCCAGCCAGUUUGCCGUGAGCCGGGCAUAGAAUCCCAACUCCCAGCGGCUUCACUGCCCUGCUGUGCUGUUCUCUUCAGCAAACCCAGAGCCUUUCUCCCAACGGCCCACGUUGUCCCUGGAGGCCACCGGCUGUGGCACGUGUGCUCUUUUGGUAGACAGCCAGGAGGAGAGAGUGUGCAGUGACUCACCAGGUGAGCCCAUCCCCAGUCCCUAGUUACUGCUCCUGUUAGAGAAAACACCCCUCCCGACUGCCCACAUGUCUGUGUUUCUUGUUAUGUUUAGUCCUCCCGCCGUGGCUUUGCUCUGUUCGGAGAAUUUGUCCAGGUAGGUGUCUUGUCCCCCCAUGAGGCCGCAGCUUGGGAGGCUGAUGUUGUGGCCAGUUGGAGCAGGGAGGGGCCCGGGCGCUCGGGCUGGCCUGGGAGGCAGAGCGGGGAGGCUGGCUACCUGCCUCAGGGCUCCAGAGAGCAGGUUGGGGCAGAGGAGUGGAGGGAGGCGUGUCAGCACUUGUCUGCAAGUCACCAGGGAGAGAGAGACACCUGGUACAAGAGGAGGCAGAAGGAACACGAAAGAAGCCAGGUGCACCUUGGGGGCCAUGCAUAGUUUUUACUACCUUCAAGACCGUCUUUAUUAUUUCAAACAUAGCUCCAUGCCUUCAAAGACUGUGGUCUUCCGCCCCCACCCCCAUCCUGGCCAUGGGCCACUCCUGUCCUCCACCUUCCUGCUUGGAGGCUCGGGCUGGGGUGGCUGGCCCGCCAAUCAUGUUCUUGAACUUCUAUUAUGUCACCAGCAGCCAAUCAGAGUGGCUGAUUAGUAUGCGAUAACCGGUGUUACUACCUUGGGUUGACAUAAUCCUAGCCAAGAGCAAAGAAGCUUGACAGUUUUUGUCAGCAGGCAGAACUUUUUAAACGGCUGUUUGAAAGCCUGCAUAUUUUUAUAGGGCCACUCAUAAACCUGCUCUGUGUCUCCACCCCUUGCUGACUGUUGAGCCAUCUGCACACCAGGGUAAAAAAAACUGAUAUGCAAAGCCUACAGCAGACACCGAGCGAGACCAAGAGAGGCAUUUGCUCCUAACUUUGCUGCUCCAUCCUACCUGAGGAGUGCCUCAGGGGGUGCCCUGAACACAUUCUUCUUUACUUAAAUUACUUUAUUUUUACUUAAAUUCACUGGAAUCAGGCUUUCCCGUCUCAGAUCAAACGGUGUUUUGCCGUUUGUCCUUGUGACCUUGUUACCUUGUGACCUUGUGACCUAGGCUUCUCCUUGCCUGGGCUGUGGGUUCCUUGGCAGGAUUGUCGAUAGUAUAGACUCUGUCUCUCCCAUCUUGCUGACACAAGGGCCUGCAGAGAACUCUAGUCCACCUGGUUUUAUUUAUUUAUUUAUUUUAAGAAUGUAUUUAUUUGAGAGGGAGCAUGAGAGAAAGAGAGCACGAGCCGGGGAGUGGGGGGGCAGAAGGAGAAGCAGACUCUCCAAGGAGCAGAUAGCCUGAUGUGGGACUUGAUCCAGGACCCUGCGAUCAUGACCUGAGCCGAAGACAGACACGUAACCAACUGAGCCACCCAGGCGCCCCUCCACCUGGUUUUAUAAAUAAAGUUUUAUUAGGACAUAGCUAGGCUUACACAUUUGAGUAUUGUCUAUGGCUGCUUUCAUGCUACAGGAGUAGAGUUGAGACAUUGUAACAAAGAUCAGGUUUUGGCAAGACCAAAAUAUUUGCUAUUUGGUCCUUCACAGAGUUUGCAAACCUCUUAAUUCAUCUACCUCGCUGCCCCCAGAGUGAUCUCUCAAGCUUCAAAUGCAAUCAUGCCAUUCUUCUUCAAAACAAAAACAAGAAAACUCAAAAUCAGCAGUCUGUAAACAGAGCUCCUUGGUGUGCUCUCCAUCACCUGCCCACACCCCCUUCCUUCCCUCCUGUGCACCCUUCACCUCUGCCCUUGCUCAGCUCUGACAUCACCAGUUACGCCUUUGUCCAUGGUGUGCCUGAUGCCUGGAAUGCCCUCCCACUUUCUCUAUCUGCCAAACCCCUUAACAACCUUUAACACCACAUUCAAAUAUCACCUCCCCUCUGCACCUUCUUACAUGCCCAGCAGAAUUAAUUGCUCCUUCCUCUAUGCUCCCGUAGCUCUUUGGACAGAUGUAUGCCAUUGUAUUGACCAAAUGGGGUUGCGUGAUGUGUUUAUGUGUUUGUCUGUACCACUAGACAGUGAACUACUGGAGAUCAAGGACCUUGUCUCAUUGCCUUUCUGCCUCUGACCGGAACGAAGAUGAAUCAUCUGGAUGUUACAAAGCUUUAAGAUCUUCGAUUCAUGAAAGAGAAAUUUGUGUCCACAUUGGGAGGCAAAUGUUCAUCAAAUAAUAGUGAGUGCCUGAAGUGCUAGAUCCUCCACUUUGAAAGUGUUUCAUUUUGGGAGCUGCACAGGAAGUUAUUGAUUGUGUGUUGCUUUCUUUGCAAAGAUUUCUGCACCAGGAAAUAGGUUUGUUUUUCUCCCUCCUUCUCCAGUUACAUGAAA